AUGUCUGCAAAGAACUUCACCGUCGCCAUUGUGGGCGGCGGCAUCGGAGGUCUCUCUCUGGCCGUCGGCUUAUUACGACGAAACAUUUCAGUGCAGAUAUAUGAGGCGGCACCGGAGUUCAAAGAAGUCGGAUUGGGAUUGACCAUCGGCCCAGCCGCACAUCGGACGAUGCCCCUGAUCGAUCCGCAGAUCCGACACAUCUACGAUUCGCUCAUCACCACGCAUGCGGACAGUCCGGGGUAUGAACGGUUCCGCGAGACGUGGUUCGAAGUCGUUUGGGCGACCGGAAAUGAGGAGAAAUCCGGGGACGUCCUUCUAGAUCUCAAAGCAUUACCAUCAGGGCAAACUACGGUGCGUCGGGCGGAUUUUCUAGAUGCUUUAGUGAGUUUGAUUCCGCCGGAAAUUGCGCAUUUCGGAAAGCGACUUGUCAGUUUGGAAGAAACGGCAAAUGGAGGAGUAGAACUGCGAUUUGAAGAUGGCACAGCGGCCACAGCAGAUGUGGUCGUCGGCUGUGAUGGCAUUAAGUCCAAGGUGAAAGAAUCUAUGAUAUCCCCAGAAGAAUACCAGCGCGUCCUCCCGCGAUACAGCGGCAUGUAUGGGUAUCGAGCGGUGCUGGAUAUGGACACUAUGGUCAAAGCUGUUGGGGACCAUCGGGCGCGAGUGUCUACGAUGUAUGUAGGAAAAGGAGCAUAUGGGAUAUCAUAUCCGAUUAUGCGGGCGCAAAAGGUCAACGUGGGGUUGUAUGUCUUGAACGACGAGUGGAAUGAUUAUGCUUGGGUGCGUCCAGCAAGCAAAGAGGAGAUGCGACGUGACGCUGAGCAUAUGGGUGACUAUGUCAAAUUGCUUGUUGAGUACAUGCCGGACCCCACGCAAUGGGCUAUUUUCGAACAUCCUCACAUCUCAACAUAUGCUCGCUCUCGAGUCGCCAUUCUGGGCGAUGCUGCGCAUGCAUCCACGCCUCAUCAAGGUGCUGGUGCGGGGCAGGCCAUUGAAGAUGCGCACGUUCUAGCAGAACUGCUGGGCGAUCCCCGAGUGACUACUGCUGAGCACAUCGUGUCUGCAUUUAAGGGAUACGAUGCUGUUCGGAGACCACGAAGUCAGAAGGUCGUGACGACCAGCAAGGAGAAUGCGCAUCUGCUUUGUUUAUGCUUGAACGGAGUCGGGGAUGAUGAAGAGAGACUGAAGACGACAUUCCAGGAACGACUGCGGUGGUUAUGGGACGUGGAUAUUGAAGACCAGGCCGAGAGAGCGAGGAAUAUCAUGCUCGAGUGUAUAUACCAUUCAUAA